GCCCUCACGACGCAUCCAUCAAACGAAUCUGAGCUCCAGUUGUUCAGAGUACUACAAAGAGCUAAUUUGUUGUCCUACUACGACACCUUCAUUAGCAAAGGUGGAGAUGAUGUUCAACAAUUAUGCGACUCUGGACAAGAGGAAUUCCUCGAGAUUAUGGAUCUUGUGGGCAUGGCAGCCAAACCCCUGCAUGUGAGAAGACUGCAGAAAACUUUGAGAGAAUGGCUUCAGAAUCCAGACCGGGUGGCUUUUAUGAUUUUUGCUGAACUUUACAAGGCUGAAUUUGUUGUUCCUGGAGACCAGUCAUACCUAUACUAUAGAAGUAACCAAGGUCGCGCCCAAGCGGGACAACCCCCGUGUAUACAUACG